CAGCGGUCCGCGACAUACUGACGCCAGGCGAGAGCACAGCGAGUCUGUAUGAACGCUGAGAAGGAUCGCGUCGAGGUGGCGCAGAAGGUGCACCUGACAAUCUGACCUAGAUCUGGAACUACACAACUUUCAGCAAUUACCCCUGUUGAUGUGUCGCUGCGGUUGAGAUUUUGAUUCUCUUGGAGGAGGUAGAGCAGAGAUUCCUUGUUUCUGUGUGGCUGAAUCCUGUGGACUAACUGUGACAGUGUUGGCUGUGGCGCACGUGGCGCCACUAUGAACGUCACGUCUCUCUUCUCCUUCACCAGCCCGGCAGUCAAACGACUGCUGGGCUGGAAGCAAGGCGAUGAAGAAGAGAAGUGGGCAGAGAAGGCUGUGGAUGCUCUGGUCAAGAAGCUGAAGAAGAAGAAGGGUGCUAUGGAGGAGCUGGAGAGGGCACUCAGCUCCCCCGGUCAGCCAAGCAACUGUGUCACUAUCCCCCGCUCGCUGGACGGAAGGCUCCAGGUGUCACACCGGAAAGGGCUGCCUCACGUCAUCUACUGCCGCGUAUGGCGUUGGCCUGACCUGCAGUCACACCAUGAGCUCAAGGCCCUGGAGUGUUGUGAGUUUCCCUUUGGAUCUAAGCAGAAAGAUGUGUGCAUCAAUCCCUAUCACUACAAGAGGGUGGACAGUCCAGUGCUGCCACCUGUGCUGGUGCCACGAAACAGCGAGUUCAAUCCUAAACUCUCUAUGCUGCCACGCUUCCAUAACCCACUCCAUCAGACAGAACCCCAUAUGCCUCAGAACGCCACCUUCCCUGACUCCUUUCAACAGCAGCCAGCGAACGCCCUUCCCUUCACACCCAACUCCCCCACCAACAGCUACCCCAACUCGCCCAACAGUGGCACAGGCAGUACAGCCACCUUCCCCCAUUCACCGUCCAGCUCAGACCCAGGCAGCCCUUUUCAGAUGCCAGAAACCCCUCCACCUGCAUAUAUGCCCCCAGAGGAGCCAAUGACAAAGGGAUGUCCGCAGCCAAUGGACACUAACCUGCUGGCUCAAAACCUGCCAGUGGAGCUCAGCAACCAACCAGAUGUUCAGCCUGUGGCAUAUGCGGAACCCAAACACUGGUGCUCCAUUGUGUACUAUGAGCUGAAUAAUCGUGUGGGAGAGGCUUUCCAGGCCUCCUCAACCAGUGUACUGGUGGAUGGCUUUACCGACCCCUCCAACAACCGGAACCGUUUCUGCCUUGGUCUCCUGUCGAAUGUCAACCGCAACUCGACCAUUGAGAACACUCGACGCCACAUCGGAAAAGGAGUCCAUUUGUACUAUGUGGGAGGGGAGGUAUACGCUGAAUGUUUGAGUGACAGCAGUAUCUUUGUCCAGAGCCGCAACUGCAACUAUCACCAUGGUUUCCACCCCACCACCGUAUGCAAGAUCCCCAGUCGCUGCAGCCUAAAGAUCUUCAACAACCAGGAGUUUGCCGAGCUCUUGGCACAGUCCGUCAAUCACGGUUUUGAAGCCGUCUAUGAACUCACCAAGAUGUGCACCAUCCGCAUGAGCUUUGUAAAGGGUUGGGGUGCAGAGUAUCAUCGACAGGAUGUGACAAGCACCCCAUGCUGGAUUGAGAUUCAUCUUCACGGGCCCCUGCAGUGGCUGGAUAAAGUCCUAACCCAGAUGGGCUCUCCUCACAACCCCAUUUCCUCCGUGUCCUAGACAGAGCUGACCAUAAGGCUACUGCAGAUGUCUGGGUUCCCAUGCAGAAGCUGAUUGGUUGAAGGGAGGGGUAGAGGGUGGGUUUUGUAUUCUACUUGAAGGCAGUUUGUUUGGGGGCAUAAAUUUUGGCUGAAGGGUCCUUAGUUUUCAGCCGUGAGAAUCUGGAAGAUACUUGACAACUUUGUGUGACCAAGCAUGUUAAAUGAUGAGGCCAUCAUACUUGUGACAAGUAUCCUCCUUUGGUCUUGUUUGUGGGUUUUUAAGCCAAUUUGUUUGUUUUCCUUCUUUUUCUUUUGCAUUUCUUCUCCUUUUUGCAGUUUACAAAUCAGUAUUCCAUUGGCAAAAAAAGGUCUGCAUCGUAGUUUAGAGACUAGUACAGGGUUGUAGAGUGUAGUGUAUGGUGAACACUUCUGGAAGGCAAAAAAGUAUGAAAACUCGUGCAGAAAUAUAAUGCUUUAAAUAAACUGAAUGGCAUGAUGCUGUAAAGAAGGAUAAUGAGGUUAUUAAUGCAA